UCCGCCCCACCCCUUACAAACAACACCAUCAUCACUGUACCAAAAUCAGGAAGCACCGAGACACGUUAAUUUUUUUAUUUUAUUUUACGGAGACACUUUGGUGAUUACAGCAAACGGCGAACCAUAGAGGGGAAAAGGCGUUAUUGUGACCACCGUCGACCACUGCUGAAAGAAGACUCUCAGUUGGUUACAUCCAGUGCAAGGAUCAGCUGUGGAUGCAUUUGACACAGACUAACCGGAGAAGGUCUCUGUCAGCAGCAUGGGCCAGCAUCUAGGAAAGAGAGAGUCACCCACAGACAGCAAGGCUUCGUCACCUGAACCCAGGGCGGCGCAGAAAACAGCAGCAGCAGCAGCAGAUCCUGAAUCACAAGAUGAAGUCUUUGGCCUGGGUGAGGCAGAUGCGAAGCAGAACAAUGGCUGCGUCUCGGAGAAGCCGGCGGUGACUGACUCCACGGGCACUGAGAGCCCCCACCAGCCCUGGACCCCCGCCAGCACAGCUGACCCUGACGCCGCCAUACCACGCCCCCACCUGGUCCGCCUCUUCUCCCGAGAUGCCCCGGGCCGAGAGGACAACACCUUCAAAGAGCGACCCUCCGAAUCGGACGAGCUGCAGACCAUCCAGGAACACAGCGGAGCGGGUUCAGAGUGCGGGUCGGAGAGCCCCGAACAGGAUCUAGAAAGAGAGGCAAGAACCCCACAUUUGACAAAUAUAAAUAUACUACCAACCACUUCUACAGCCAUGGCAUCUGCAAGCAGCUCUGCACAGGCCGCCUUCGGGCUGGGCCGGAGGAAGAAGAACCCCGGCCUCCUGGACCAGAUUGGAAAGUUCUUUGGAGGGGACAAGAAGAGGAAGAGCAAGGGAUCUUUCCGAGGUGCCCUCUCUCCAGGCCCUCAGAAAGCCUCUGCGACUUCUCCACGUAAGCGUGGAGCAGAGAACGCUGUGGUCCAUUUCUUCCGCACGAUCGUGUCCCCCGCCCCUCCCAAGUCUAGGUGGAGAGGACUAGCAGCCAAGAUAGGCCUGGGCGACCAGAAGUCACAGUCUGCUAAAGCCAAGAAGGCCAGUGCAGGGGACGGCAAAGGCACCCUGACUAGGAUCUUCAAAAUGGGAAGCAGGAGUGCUUCUCCAGCCAAACGCUGAAGUCCCUCUCUACAACCUCUCUCAACAGCAGAUGUUCAAGAACACGGGAUUAAAGUGGGGAAAGAAGAGCAAGAAAAGGAGGGAAUCUUGUCACCCCUAAACCUUACCCUCAACCUCUGAUAACACUCUAAUGUACGCUAAAUCCUUCAUCUCCCACCCAUUACCACCCCCCCACCUCUUUGGCUGGUAGUUAGCGACACAAUCUGUUGCCCCCUCCCAACCCCCUGUAUGCGUUGUGCUGAGUCUGUGCAGUCAUCAUCACUGGUGUGAACUGUUUGCUGAAAUUGAUCCUGAAGCCGCUCACAUGUGCAGCCUGAAUGACCCCCUGACCCCCCCCACCACCACUGUGGCUCUCUAUACUUGUGCUUGAGUUUCUGUGGACGUCUUCGACUGGUUCUCUAACAAUAACGGCGGCUAAACCGAAGCACACCUGGAGCAGUUGAAGGUUACGGCCGGUGCAAGUCCGACUGACUUGACCGUCAUUGCCGCUUGCCGAUUGGAUGAAAGGACCGGGUUGUUUCUGUUAUAGUAAAGAGCGGUUUUCUGUCUUGUCACACUGUCUUCGUCAGUCCCCCAAACCUUUUUCUGUGAACUCAAACAUAACCCAGUGAUUGAGUUCGGUUUUGUGAUAAAUUUAACAGAUUUGACAUUAUUACGAGAGCCAUUUCGUUUGUAGUGUGUUUUCAUUCAACCCAUGUGUCUUAGCUGUAGUUAAGUGUCCUGUUAAUAAAUGUGAUGUUGAUGUAUGACAUUAGGGCCCUAAGCCUGGCUGUGGAUUUUGUGGUAAACAUUUAAUUUCUAAACCUUCUAAAUCAAUUUUCUGCAAUAGUCACUGAAAAAAAGCCCAGAUGAAUUAGUAAUUUCUAAUGUAUUGUUUCUUUUUCAGUCCAUGAGAUAAUUGUAUCCACUAAUUCUUCUUUCCAUACAUAGAUAACUAAAUUAUUUCAUAGUGCACCUUUAAAAACUGCCAGACUCUGAAGCGAGGUGUUGGUGCUGCAGCAUGAUGCCAGAUUCAGAUCUUUCCUCUUUGCUUUAGUGUAGCUCUGUCUCUUCUUUGCCUUCGCUGUUCCUAUCUUAUGCACAGCACACAUACUGUAAAUUAAAUUCAGUCAAAGUGCCUUUCUCCGCCUGACUACCAAAGCAAUGCGCUGUCUUUUCCUUUCUUGUGGAUCAUUUAAAUACACAAACCCAAUUUCAACAAAGGUGCUCUGUAACUAACUGAAGAAAGAAAGUUGGUUGACGAAAAGCUCGGCACCACCACUUGUGCUGUUGAAAACACCCAUCUUCCAAAUGUGUUAAAAAAGCGGACGUGCGUGAUCUCCCCUACUGUCUGUGCGUGCUUGAGCCUUGAGAGUGCUGUGUAGUGUUUUCCUAAAUCGAUCCUGUGGAUGAAUGUAAAGAUCCUCUUCAUUAUUGUAUGUGUAAUAAAACAUGACCAGCCACUUAACUGAGAAUAAACAAUAAAAACUAUAAAACCACCCCUA